AUGACCCAGUCAACAACCUCGAAUGCAUACCCCUUUAUUGAAAACAUCUACGAAUGUGUUCCACUUCCUUUCACCCAAGAGCAACCUGCUCCCGAUGGUGUUCAAAUCCCUCCAAAUGCACUCAGACUUGUCCGGAACCUUCAUGCAACACCCCCCUCAUUCCCCACCAAUCCUCACCGCUUUACAAUUCCCGGUAACACCCCUUCAGCUGCCGAAGACUUUGUUUGUGCCAUGCAGGGAACAAUCCAGUGGAUCCGACAGAAAGGAACAGACAACACCAAGAAGUUGGCCAUCGACAAUGUUUCCAGAGGAAGUGGACGUAGACCAGAGUUUGUGUUUAAGUUGGAGUACAAGUGUCCCCGCCAUGGUCACUUCAAACGAGCAGCCAAUUCUCGUUUGUUAUUACCCACCACAUCGCAAGCAACACUCUUCGGGUGGUGUGGUUCUGGGAACACAACCACAAUCCCUACACCUACAAAGACAUGCAGCUCUGCCGUUCCCCUGAACGAGUAG